AUCGCUACUAGUUCAAAGGUCAAACAGCAGCUGCGCAGAAGGCGCAUGUUCAUGCAGAAAUGUGCCGUUUGUUUCGUAUAAAAGUUUAAUAGUUUUAACAUAGUUGGAAUUUUCACCGUGCUUUAGUCUCAAGCAUUAUAAUAAACUUAAAAGUGUCAGUGUUUUGAGUUCAGACAGUUGUAAAGGAUAGUUUUGGAGUAGUCAGUAUAGGAAUGGCAGGUCCAGAGCUGCUGCUUGACUCCAGUAUUCGCCUGUGGGUUGUUUUGCCCAUAGUCUUCAUCACUUUCUUCGUCGGAGUUCUGCGACAUUACGUCACUCAACUGAUUCACAGUGAGAAGAAAGUGGAUCUGCAGCAGGUGUCUGAUAGCCAGGUGUUGCUACGCAGCCGCAUUUUGAGAGAAAAUGGAAAAUAUAUUCCCAAACAGUCAUUCGCCAUGCGAAAACACUAUUUCAAUGACCCUGAGACUGGAUUCUUCAAGAACGUCAAAAGAAAAGUGACCCCCAAAAACCCCAUGACUGACCCCAGCAUGGUGAUGGACAUGAUGAAAGGGAAUCUGACCAAUGUGCUGCCAAUGAUUCUUAUUGGAGGAUGGAUCAACUGGGCCUUUUCUGGUUUUGUCACAACAAAAGUGCCGUUUCCUCUUACUCUGAGAUUCAAGCCCAUGUUACAGAGAGGAAUCGAGCUGGUCUCCCUGGACGCCUCAUGGGUCAGUUCAGCUUCAUGGUAUUUUCUCAAUGUGUUUGGGCUCAGAAGCAUGUACACCCUCAUCCUUGGACAAGACAAUGCUGCAGAUCAGUCAAGAAUCAUGCAGGAUCAAAUGACAGGGGCUGCGAUGGCGAUGCCCCCUGAUCCUAAUAAAGCAUUUAAGAGCGAGUGGGAAGCCCUGGAGAUCGUGGAGCACAAAUGGGCCCUGGAAAACGUUGAAGAGGAACUCAUGUGUCAGGAUCUGAACUUCAGAGGACUCUUUAGCUAAGAUCUACAGUAAGAAGAACGCCUGCCUGAUUGCAAACCACCUUUUGAUAUGAAACUGAGCUGAACUUGAGCUGUUAUUUCUUAACAUUAUUCGAUUGUUGGUACUUGUUGACUGCUGUGAUCCUGAUAGUGUUUUGAAUGUCUUAACACCCAUGUUAAUGUCCUGCAAAGAAUCUACAAUAUGUUUGAAAUUAAGUUUUUGGUGAACUGCACAUAAACGUUUAAUUUGAUAGUCACAGUAAAGAUCUAAAUUAUAUAAAUGUCUCAUGUUUUAUGUCUUAAGUUUAUAUAUGUGUGAAAUUGUGCCUUAUAAAAAAUUAUAUAUAUAUUUUUCCCCCAGUUAAAACAUCAGUUUCGUUUUAAUCUUUCAUUAAAUGGUUGCUAUCCAGUUUGUGGUUGGUGAUCAUCACACAGUUCCUUAUUGUUUCAGGCACAGCGAUAUUAUAACAGCAAAUUGAAUGUAAAAACUAUUUUGGUCUCUGUAAUUGAGAGGAAUGUAAUAAUUUAAUAAACAUUAUAUGGAACCCUAA